GGAACUGCGCAGUGUACGUCAGCUGACUGUGCGCAGGGUAGUUUUGCUGUUUGUUCACGGCAUUGGUACAGCUAACUGGCUAGCCAGCAAUCAAGCAAACCACUUACUAGCUAAGAUCUGAAUAUUUGCGGAAAAUCUGAGAGCGUUUUCCUGUCGCUUGCACAAUGAGUGCUGGCACCCCUAAAUCUCUACCAUCAUCGGGGCAGAAAUCCAUUCAAGAUAUCAGCCACCCUCUUUCUGCCGAGGACUCCGUUCUCACACCCAGCCCUGAUUUGGGAAACACUACGAGCAGCAUCGGGGAGAAGGACCUGAGCCUACCCAACGGCACCCCAGUGGACACGUCCAGCCCCGCCUCCUCGUCCUCCCUACUGAACCGACUGCAGCUGGACGAUGACCUGGACGGAGAAACGCGCGACCUGUUCGUCACCGUCGACGACCCCAAAAAGCAUGUGUCCACCAUGGAAACCUACAUCACUUACAGAGUCAGCACAAAGACCAGCAGGACCGAGUUCGACCUGCCGGAGUACUCGGUGCGCAGGCGGUACCAGGACUUCGAUUGGCUGAGGAUCAAACUGGAAGAGAGUCAACCCACGCAUCUCAUUCCCCCCCUCCCCGAGAAGUUUGUGAUGAAGGGGGUGGUGGACAGGUUUUCGGAAGAAUUUGUGGAGACCAGGAGGAAGGCCUUGGACAAAUUUCUGAAGAGGGUGGCGGACCACCCCGUACUGUCCUUUAACGAGCACUUGAACGUCUUUCUUUCCGCCAAGGAUUUGAACGCGUAUAAGAGGCAAGGGCUGGCCCUGCUGACCAAAAUGGGGGAGUCGGUGAAGUACGUCACCGGGGGUUACAAGCUGCGGGCUCGGCCGGCGGAGUUCGCCGCCAUGGGCGACUACCUGGACGUGUUCACGCAGAAGCUGGGCACCAUCGACAGGAUAGCGCAGAGGAUCAUCAAAGAGCAGUCGGAGUACCUGGUGGAGCUGCGGGAGUACGGGCCGGUCUACUCCGGCUGGGCCUCGUCCGAGGGGGACCUGCGGGAGCCCCUGGAGGGCGUGUCGGGGUGCGUGGCCAACUGCUCCACGGCGCUGGAGGAGCUCACGGAGGACAUGAGCGAGGACUUCCUCCCCGUGCUGCGGGAGUACGUCCUCUACAUCGAGUCCAUGAAGAACGUCCUGAAGAAGAGAGACCAGGUCCAGGCCGAGUACGAGGCCAAGCUGGAAGCUGUGGCGUUUCGGAAAGAGGAGAGGACGGGGGUAAGCGCGGUGCCCACGGACGUGGAGAAGUGCCAGGAUCGCGUGGAGUGCUUCAACGCGGACCUGAAGGCCGACUGGGACCGCUGGCAGAACAACAAGAGGCAGGACUUCAGGCAGCUGCUCACGGGCAUGGCCGACAAAAACAUCCAGUACUACGAGAAGUGCCUUGCAGCUUGGGAGUCCAUCAUUCCACUAUUACAGGAGAAGCAGGACGCCAAAACGGACACGAACUGAGACUGAAAACUGCCUCGCCCCACCCUCACCCCCACCCCCCCACCCAGCCGCUCUUCUCCCUCGCGCC